AUAUGAAUAUAGCUGGUGGUGAUGGCGGUGCCCUAUCACAGCAGCAGUCGUUUUCAUCGGGCGGAGGCGUUGGUGCUACUUUGAUCCACAAUGCACAGCAGAGAGUCUCUCCCUCUUCCUCACCCUGCCCCACCCAAGUUAAUGUGCAGAACUGCUCAGUGUCCUCGACAUCCUUCAUGCAACAGAUCCUCAACAGCUCCUCAUCCAAUGACACUCCGCCCUUAGGAUACCUCAAGACUGAACCACAAGACACCCCGGAACCACUCAGGGAACAGGACAGGUUUCUUCCUAUUGCAAAUGUUGCACGUAUAAUGAAGAGUGCAGUUCCUAAGAGCGGUAAGAUAGCGAAGGACGCCAAGGAGUGUGUACAAGAGUGCGUCUCCGAGUUCAUAUCUUUCAUCACCAGUGAGGCCAGUGAGAAAUGUGCGCAUGAGAAGCGCAAGACAAUCAACGGAGAAGACCUCAUAUACGCCAUGCAGCAGCUGGGAUUCGAUAGUUAUGUGGAACCACUGAGGAUAUACCUGCAGAAGUACAGAGAGUCCAUCAAAGGAGAGAAGCUAGCCGUUUCUCCAGUAUCCUACCAUGCCUCAAACACAACCUCCUCCUCUUCCCACCUCAACCAACAGCAGAGUAUCUCUUUACUGACAACUACACAAGGAGGCCAGCAGCAACUCAUGCCAGUGACACUAACUGGAAACGCCAGUGGGUUUGAUUCCAACGGGCAAGUCGUGUCCUCAGUCAGUGUAGAAGAUGACGGCACUUCAAAUAACACAAUUUUUACUUUAAUACCAAUUCAGCAGAGCAAUUCAUCAAAUGGCGUCUUAUCGUUAGACGGCCAACAGCAACAACCCAUAGCUGAAUCUACCAGAUUAGAUAUACAAAGCAACUCAAUAUUGGGCGGCGACGGUCAGCCUAUAAUCACAUCGAGUGGAAAUAUCCAGGAUUCUUCUAGUGUAAUUUGGGCGUAUGAUUCUUCGCAUAUGUAGUUGUUAGUUGCAGCAGGCUGAUAUCUUGGAAAACCUUGAAUACUGGACUUACUAGAAAACAAAUAAGAUAAACUUUUUUCCACUGAUGUGUUUUAGUUAACUAGAAUGUAAGCAUAUUGAAGUUUGCUUGUUUUUAAUGCCUCUACGAGGUGGGCAGAAUGUUGCCACUUUAGUUUUGCAUUUGUAUUUUUUCUCAAAUAGUGUCUAUUUCUUGUAAUUUAUUUUGAAAAUUAA